AUGGAUGACCAUUGCCAUGGAAAACACAUUAGGUUAAGCGUGAAGUAUGCCAAUACAGUUAGCGAGAUUUGGACUGAUCUUGAAGAAAGAUUCGAUAAGGAAAGUGCUCCACGAGCAUACGAGCUGAAACAAUCGCUUACAAGAACAAGGAAAGAAGGAACCGCUAUUUCUUGUUACUACAUGAAAUUGCGAUCCAUAUGGGAUGAGAUACAGUUGAUGACACUCACCCCUCGCUGUGAGUGUGCUGGUUGUACGUGUGAUAUAGGUAAAAGGUUGAAUCAAUCCAAGGAUAAAGAAAGGAUCUACGAGUUCCUCAUGGGACUUGACAAUGAGUAUUCUACCAUCAAAACUCCAAUUUUAGCCCUGAAACCUGCACCAAGCCUAGAUGCAACUUAUCACCUGGUAAUACAAGAAGAGCACCAACGAGCCAUCAUUGUUGCGAAGAAACCCACAAACGAGGCUACAACUUUUCAAGCUUUCAUUCAUGGGAAAAAAGAGAUCGGUGGUGAUCAUAGUCAGCAAAACAAAAACGCAGUGCAGAAGGAUCCCAAACAAGGCAAUAAUGAUGAAUCAGAAUGUACCUUCUCUAGGAAAAAGGGUCACAACAAGAAGGUUAUUUAA